UCCACCAUCGCUAUGUUUUGUAGAUCGGUGACAGAGGGAGCGCUUGUUCUCACGUAAGGGGACUGCGCCCCGGUGUCUUUGGAUGCAAAGUCAGCGCACAGACUGACAGCUCGGUGCUCCCGACGUCACGUCUCUUUGGAGGAAUAGCCUGUUUGAAUACGACGGACCAGUGGACAGCUGGAUGAGCAGCACCACCAACUAGGAGUCCCGGGGGCAAAUUGAGUUACUGACCUGGAUCUCUUUACUUGGAUGUUCCCACACGCCCAUGCGACGAUAUCGGUGGAUCUGGCUGCCAGUGUCCAGGUUAGGUGACAGUAAACGCUAAUUGUUUACGUAUUAAAGUACGGCUGUUUGGAGCCGAAGACGUCAACUGGGACUGGAUGAAACAUCCAUAAUAAUACAUAAUAUUUUAGUAAUAUUACUUUUAUUAUUAUUUUUAUUAUUAUUAUUAUGCUAUAUUAUUAAGAAGAUCGGGGUUGGUCUAUCUAUAAGGGAAUCAUGGAGCCGUCAUCGCCUUAUAUCAUCUAUUCCACUCGGAUCAGAGAGAGCCUGCGGUAGGCUAAUGAUACAAUGCCACCAUGCAAACCUUCGUUGACAAUAUUCUCCGCCUUCCUGCCGCCGUGUGCUGUUUAACUGUCUUUGCUAAAUAAGUCGUGGGCAAUUAAAACCUUGACAACAAGACUAUUGAUUGAUGAUCAGAAACCGCUAUGCGCGCUCUUGGGGCAACAGGAUCUAAAAGCUGGCAUCCUCGUUCCGUCUCCAGUGACGAAGAGUGUCUUCCCUCCCCGUGGACUCGUGCUCAUCUCAAAUGUAGCCCAGCAGAGGCGACUGAACCAGCCCGCUGCACAGAGACGGAGGCCGGUUUGUUGUGCUCCAACUUGGCUGGAUGCUGAACAUGGUGCCACUUUACAGCUCCCUAUUGAAUACAUGCCGCCGGCUUGUUUCUGUAAUUCCCCAGCUGUCUUAAAAUGGACGGGCUCUUUCAUAGACGUUGAACCGGCUCAUGCGUGGAGGAUUCAGCCUGGACCGGCUUUUUGGGGGGAUGUGUGGCGAAUAUUCGCUGAUCCUUCAAAACGUAAUUUAGCAGAGAUAACAGCCCGUGUUCAUGGAGAUGGCUGGCGGGGGAGGUGCAUCUACACCGGGCUGCAUGAGAAAUAACGAGGACGCUGCUCAGAGGAUUUCUCUCAGCUCAAACACAGACUGCUGUCUUUAUUGGCAGCCUAAAUAGUCCAUAUUCCAUUCUAAGAUUAUUAUAUUGUGUCUCUGUGGCCAAGAGAGUCCAGACACCAGUCCCCAAUGGGCUGAUGUUAACUUCAGAAGAGGUCAUGUGUGUAUCGCGGCAAAAGAUUCAAAGCUACAAAUCAUGAAUCCAGAUUUGUUUUUUGUUUAAAUGGACUCUGCUGAAUUAUAACAUCAAAGUAGGACACUGUUAAGAAGUAUGUAACUGUUUUAUUCAAAUGAAUGCAGCAUUCGAGAGGCAAUAAUUCGCCCAGUGAUCAGGAAUCAUUGAAGGCAUUUUUCUGAAGGAUUUCAUCAGACCUGCCAUUUCUUAGAUAAACAAAUCCUCACACCUCCUGUGACAACCUGUGGCAGCUUUCCUGUGGAAACAAUCAAUUGCUGUACGGUGUCCUUUAGUCAACCUGCCUUUGGGAAUACAUGUUACUUACACACUGGCUAGCAACAGCACAGCAGCAACCAGUGACAGGAUUUGGCACAGUUUCUGCAGCGAGAUGUGGUGAUGGGGGAGAGCAGUUGCAGCUCUCUGAUCCUCUGAUCCCCUCUCCCCCCCACUGCUGGUGGAGGACGUCUCGUCUCUGUCAAUGGGCCAUGUAUGGAUUUUGUGCUUGAGUUGACCGAGGGCAGGCCUACAGCGUCAAACGGCAGUCGGGCUGCCAUGAACCCAUACGCCAGAGCGAGCAGCACGGCGGCCCCCCUGUCCUGCACCAGCUGUGGGGGCUGCUGCUCACCGCCUCCCCCUUGCCUAAUCCCGCCCAGGCCCCCCUCUUCUACUACUCCUUCCUCCUCUUCCAUUCCCCCGAAUAUGACCCCGCCGCCGCCGAUGUGCCCUGCCCCGGUCCUGCAGGUGGAGAAUGGCAGCAUCUGGAAGUCUUCCACCAUCUCCUCCUCUGGCUCCCCAGACUCUCACCCCGCUCACCGCUGUGGCGCCAACAACCCCAACCCCUACUGGACGGCAGUGUUCGACUACGAGGCCACAGCAGACGAGGAGUUAACCCUGCGGCGCGGGGAUUUCCUUGAGGUUCUCUCGAAAGACUCCAAAGUGUCUGGGGACGAGGGUUGGUGGACAGGCAAGAUCCAGGACAAAGUGGGUAUCUUUCCGUGCAACUACGUCACAAGGGGGGACGCCACCAACUACCAGCAGCUGACCGCAGGAGGGCUGGUGGCAGGCGGGGUGGGUGACUGCCCCUUAGAAAUAGACUUCUCAGAACUCAUCCUGAAUGAGGUGAUUGGAGCUGGUGGGUUUGGGAAGGUGUACAAAGGAGUAUGGGGAAGAGAGGAAGUAGCAGUAAAGGCCGCCAGGCAAGACCCCGAUGAGGAUAUUAGUGCCACAGCAGAGUGCGUGCGGCAGGAGGCCAGGCUGUUCUGGAUGCUCCGGCACCCCAACAUCAUUUCCCUGCGAGGGGUCUGCCUGCGGGAGCCCAACCUGUGCUUAGUGAUGGAGUACGCCAGGGGGGGGGCUCUGAACCGAGAGCUCGCCGGAAAGAAGGUUCCCCCGAAGGUUCUGGUGAACUGGGCGGUCCAGAUCGCCACAGGGAUGGACUAUCUGCACAACCAGGCAUUCGUCCCCAUCAUUCACAGAGACCUCAAGUCCAGCAAUAUCCUCAUCCUGGAGCCGGUGGAGCGGGAGGACUUGGGAGGGAGAACCCUGAAGAUCACAGACUUCGGUCUGGCCAGAGAGUGGCACCAGACCACCAAGAUGAGCGCAGCGGGGACGUACGCCUGGAUGGCCCCCGAGGUCAUCAAGCUCUCCCUCUUCUCCAAGAGCAGCGACGUGUGGAGUUUCGGCGUGCUGCUGUGGGAGCUGCUGACCGGCGAGGUUCCCUACCGCGAGAUAGAUGCACUGGCGGUCGCUUACGGUGUCGCCAUGAACAAGCUGACGCUGCCCAUCCCCUCGACGUGCCCUGAACCCUUCGCUCAGCUGCUGGCAGAGUGCUGGAGCCCAAACCCCCGCAGCCGGCCGUCCCUCACCAGCAUCCUGGAACGACUGCUGGCCAUCGAGCAGUCGGCCAUGUUUCAGAUGCCUCUGGAGUCUUUUCACUCUCUACAAGAAGACUGGAGGCUUGAGAUACAGCAGAUGUUUGAUGAGCUCAGGGCCAAAGAGAAGGAGCUGAGGUCCUGGGAGGAGGCGUUGGCUCGAGCAGCCGAGGAGCAGCGGGAGCAGGAGGAGCAGCUUAAGAGGAGAGAGCAGGAGCUGGCGGUGAGGGAGAUAGACAUCGUGGAGCGAGAGCUGAACAUCAUCAUCCACCAGAUGUACCAGGAGAAACCCAGCGUGAAGAAACGGAAAGGAAACUUCAAGAAGAGCAGAUUAAUGAAGCUGGGCCGAGACGGCAACUGUAUCAGUCUGCCCUCUGGCUUCGAGCAUAAGAUCACAGUUCAGGCGUCUCCCAGCGUGGACAAGAGGAAGAAUCAGGGAAGCGAGAGCACCACCCCGCCGGCCAGCCCCGGGGUCAUCCCCCGACUGAGAGCCAUCAGACUGACGCCGAGCGACGGCAGUAAGACGUGGGGACGCAGUGCUGUGUGCAAGAAGGAGGACAUGUCGACCAGCAAGAAGAAAGGACGCACCUGGGGACCGAGCUCCACCCUCCAGAAGGAAAGGGUCGGCGGGGAGGAGAAGUUGAAAUCACUGGGCGACGGAUGCAAAGUUUGGUCGUCCAGUGCACCGAAUCUGGGCAAGUCCCCCAAACACGCUCCGAUGACCGCCGGCUUCUCCAGCCUCAAUGAAAUGGAGGAGUCCGGUGAGUUGGAGGAGUCACCAGGCUCCCUGCUGCCCUCCGGCAGCAACGGGGCGGCGGAGGACUCGGUGGCUAGUGUCGGGCUCGCGAGCUCCGGUCAGGGGCCCGGCGGGCCGGCGGCGGGGCUGAACCACCAGGACUCGCUCCGUCGCUGCAGCCAGAGGAAGAAGAGCGACGUGCUGCUGCUGGGUUGCGCCUCUCUGCUCGCGUCGGUUGCCCUCGGACAAGACCUGCUGCAUCUGGGGAAAGUACAGGUGCUCCAGGAUGAGCAGGACCUCCGAGAGGAGCAGCGUAAGAAGAAGGAGGGCCUCUUCCAGCGGACGGGCCGAUUCCGGCGCAGCACCUCCCCCCCCAGCAGGACCCUCUCCCUCUCCAGGCAUCACGACUCGACGCUGCCCUGCACGGACCCGUCUCCCUCCGUCACACUCCUGUCCUUGUCCUCUCUGUCUGACUGUAUCUCCACCAAGUCCCUCCUCCCCUCCGACCCGGACGACUACCCCCUGACCCCGGCGACGGGGCUCAGGACAUCGGCGGCGCCACCGGCUCCCGCCCUCAACCCGCUCUUGGAUCUGCGGGCGGAGAGCUUUAAGAAGGAGCCCAACCAGUCGCUCACGCCCACCCACGUGUCUGCAUCGAUGGCCCUGAACAGAGGGCUGAGGCGGACCCCCUCGGAGGGAGCCAUCCGGCCCCGAGCUCACACUCUGGGACACCACAGGACGCCGUCCGAUGGGAGCAUGCCCAUGCCUCCUCCGCCGGGGGCCCCACACACCACUGCUAAGAAAGGUGCAAAGGUCCCUCUGGACGUCUCCCGCCUCCCCGAGCCCUCCAUCAUCCUCCCGGUCCCCCAUCGGCGUAAAGCCCCCGCUCCACCCAUCCCUGACGCGGUUCCUCUCUGCCUCAUCAGCUCUCUCGAGCGACCCAAGACGCUGGAGUUCGCCCCGCGGCCUCGGCCCACCCCGGCCAAGAUGAGAGCCGACCCCUGGAAGCUGGGCUCCCUCUCCCGGACCCUCAGCUCGUCGCCUGGCAGCAGCUGCGACAGCCCCCUCGGCUCGGGGGACAGCGGGGCGAGCGGCGUGCGACCAAACCUGAUGGACAUGGACGUCGAAGGCCAGAGUUCGGACCAGACGGCCACUCUGCGUGGACAGCAGUACGCAUAGGGAGAAACAGCCACGCCUCCUCUUCUGCAUUCAGACCGGCUCCAGGACGCCAGAGCUCGGCUGAGUGUCCCCGGAGUGUCCGAAUACGGUGUGAAACUCUUCCAGCAAGGCUUUCCCCCGAUAGUGCUCCCCAACCUGCACGACACUGAGGCUCCGAGGCGCCUUUUAAAAGCCUUGGAGUGUGCUCACCCACCUACCUUAGCCACUUCUCUCGUUCCUUCUUAGUGCUCCGCGACAAGGACACACUCACAACCUCCAAACACCAUUCAAGUCUUCUUAAAAAGCCACUUUGCCACCUGUCCAUUCCUACUCGUCUGCCUGUGUAGCCGCCCACUUCCUGCUCGCUUCUCUCACUCCAAAGAAAAGAUGUUCAUUCACAUUUCACCUCAACUUUUUCAGGAGUGUUUCAUUCGCAGAAAACAGAAGUCGGACUGUUUAAAAUUCUUAAUAGAGAGUGUCUUUGUUCUAAUUUUGCACGCCACUUGUUCUGCCGGAGCACAAACAUGUUCCUUAAACUCUGCCUUCAUCUUCACACGAGUCAUCACUCUGCACGGGGGUCAUCGUCCUCGCCCCUCAAAGGCCGAGACAGGAAAAAGCCUUUUUUUAACUCACAGCACUGGUGGACCGGUUAUAUCUUUGUCUUGUACAGAAGGAAAACAACUCAUUUAGUUUCUCAGUGCUGCCACCAUCUCAACCGCAACCUGUUUGCAUCAUGUGUUUCUGUUGGUUUGGCGGUGUCUCUCUCUCUCUCUCUCUCUCUCUGUGUGAAUGUGUAUAUAUUACUGUACAUGUGUGGAAGAACAAAAUGGGUUAAUUAGUUUGCGUGCCAGUGCUUCUCCAUGUUGUUUUCCGUGUGAAUGGUUCCCUGAAAGACGUGCAGCACUUCUUCAAAAGUAGAUCUCAUCCGUUUGUCUUGUCCUCGUUUUACAUUCCUCACUCACAGCCAGUCCUCUGAGUGGAUCCCGCUCAGGAAAUGGACACGACGUCAGUGCACACCGAGGGAUGACGCUUCCUGAUUUCAACAUCAACCUCAUGUCAGACCUUCUGGAAGCUUCAUGUUCUCCUCAGUUGUCUGACAUCAGUGGCGCUUGAAGAGCCUCUGUGUGGACCGGUUGACUCUCCUCACGGCCGACAAAUCAACUUGUAUCUCCGCUCGGUGGUCGAAAGGUUUGUCUUGGCUGCAGGUGGUGUUUCACUUGACAGUGCAAAUUUCUCUAGGUGAGUGUGUGUGUGUGUGUGUGUGUGUUAGUGUGAAUAUGCGUGUUUGUGUUAAUAUUUGUAUGGGAUGAUGACAAUCCCGUCAGUGAGCCCCAAACUCAUUCUCCUCGUGUGGUUAAGAACACUGAGUAUUUAUUAAAUUUAUUGUUAUUAUUGGAAAAGAUUAAUUGUUAUUGCAAUGCUCUUCCUGGGAUAUCUGUAUAUAUUUGUUAAUAUAACAGGAAAAACCAAGGAAAAAACCUGCGUACUGAAACGUCCAUGUGGUCUCCUGUGACAGUCCUGGUUUCAAUGAGGAAUAAGUGUGAAACGUGAAGAAUGAGAGACAAAUAAACAAAAACUAAGAAAGAUG